ACAAAAUAAAAUUAUUUGAACCCUUAACAUAUUUUUGAACGCCACAUAAUAGUUAUAACCAAAAACAUUUUUUUAUUACAUAACAGGUCUGCACACAACAAGAUGGCUGCGCCCAGCUUCGAUAUGGCAUGCGAUGAUAUUUCAGCAUUUCAAGAAACUCUGAGGAUUAUGCGAAAAAUUGAUGACAAUAUUGUUCAUUCAUUAAAUACUACAAUACCCACAGCUUCUUUUGCAGAAAAAGAUAAGGCGACUGACCAGUGUAAAGAUCUUUAUAGUCAGUUGCUACAAUCAUAUGAGAAAAGAGAAAAGGCCAUCAAGAACUGUGUAGACCUCAAAUCAAAACAUGUACAAUCACUAAAAGAUAAAAGAACUCAAGAUAAUGAUAAUUUUGAACUCUUAAAAGAUCGUAGAAAAGCACAGACUCAAUUUCGACUUAUGCAGAAUGAGCUCAACAUUGAAGAGGUUCUCAAAGAUCGUAGUUUAAAAGUAUUCUAUGAAAGAUGCCGAUUUUACUAUAAACCAUCUGAUCUGAAGAUUUGACAAUAGUGUUGACUAGGUUCAUCUUUUGUGUUUUACAAAUUGCCUUAGAUUAAAAGCCAUGAGUUAUAAAAUCAAUUAUAGAUUUGUACAUAAUUUAAACUAAAAAGAUUUCAUUAAGACGGUGUUUAGAACACUAAUGUCGCCAUAAUAAUUUGUACAUCACAAAUCAUUUAUUAAAUAUUUUUGUAGUACUA